GUGUUCACCUUCAGCCUUCUUCGUGAACUUCUGGGAUCCGUCUGUUUGUGCUUGUCUUCGCAGUUCUUUGUUCUUUGUUCUACUAGAGAUCCCGAAUCGCAAUGUUUAUUCUCAACUGGUUCUACGAUGUUUUGGCCUCCCUCGGCCUGCUCAACAAGCACGCCAAGUUGCUGUUCCUCGGCUUGGACAACGCCGGAAAGACGACUCUGUUGCAUAUGCUCAAGAACGACCGAUUAGCCACCCUACAGCCCACUUUGCAUCCCACAUCCGAAGAGCUCGCCAUCGGCAACUGCAAGUUCACCACCUUUGAUCUUGGCGGUCACGCGCAGGCCCGUCGUCUAUGGAAAGACUACUUCCCCGAGGUCAACGGCAUCGUCUUCCUCGUCGACUGCGCCGACGUCGAGCGAUUCCCCGAGAGCAAAAUAGAACUUGAUGCCCUUCUUGCCAUCGAGGAACUCAACAAGGUUCCCUUCCUGAUCUUGGGCAACAAGAUCGACGCCCCCGGCGCCGUCUCAGAAGAAGAGCUUAGAAUGUCGCUUGGUCUGUAUCAAACCACUGGCAAGGGCAAGGUGCCUUUGGAGAACAUCCGACCAAUCGAGGUUUUCAUGUGCUCUGUCGUUAUGAGACAAGGAUACGGAGAGGGUAUCAGAUGGCUCAGUCAGUACGUCUAAAUACACAGCUCUUUGAACAUGUCAGUUAGAUCACACGGCUGCUGUGAGAAUAUGUGAACUUAACGACCGAAAGUGUAGUAAUGAUGUUUUUAAGCCUUGUAAUCUAUUGGUA